UCUUCGAUGAAUCUAUAUGACAUGACUGCAGCAUCUUCUAAAGUGUAUCCGUGACUGGAGGUCUCUUCAAGCAGAGUUGCCGACGUGUUUGCUGCCGGGAGGAGGGAAGUCACUGCGAGUGAUGCAGACYGGGAGCCCUGUGGAUGAAGUUGGGGUUUAGCUGCAGUUUGGCCUCAACCACUUGCUGCAGAAGUUCCCCUGGUUCAGCUGGGUGAUCAGAGGAAAUCUCUAAAUCUCUGUUGUGGCUUUGGGAGAAGAGGAAGGCGAGUGCCCYGUGAAGAACAAACCAACAACGAAACAGCCUGCUGUUAUUCUAGCUGUAACUCAAGGGAUUCUCACAGGGCUUCUCUGUUACUUCAAAAUCAUCCUUGUGAAGGAGAGGAGAAGGCUGCUCCAAUACUGAUGACUGAGCUGUGAUGGACAGCAAAGACACAGAAGCCGAGAUCCACCCUCUGAAGCAUGAGGAUGUCAAAGCUCAAGAGAACCAUGAAAACUCUGUUGAGAGAAGAGUUGGCAGCAAGCAGUCAUCACAGCUGUCCCGGCUGUCCCGGUGGCGCACGGCUGCCUUCUUCAUCUCAUUAUUUCUGUGUCUGAUAAUUGUGUUUGCUUUCUCUUUUGUCAUUCCUUGCCCCGAGAGGCCUGUUUCUGAACGAACCUGGUUCCGAAACUAUGAUGACGCAGUUGCCUACCCAUUUCUGGCUAUAGAAGAUGUGAACAAGGAUAAAGUGCAAGAUGUCAUCUUUGUUUUCAAAGCAAGCAAUGGCAGCAGCAGCUUCAACAGAUCCUGUUUGGAUGAAGGUCUGCCUUCUCCGUGUGCCUUCGUCGCUGCCGUGUCUGGCACGAAUGGCAGCGUUCUCUGGGAAAGGGCUGCUGCCGAGGACGUCGAAUGGGUGGAGUGUGGCAUCAACCAGCUUGGUGGGGCUCAGGCCCCGAGCUGCCUCAUUGUGGGGAAGCCCGUGGCUCUUACUGCCAUUGACCAGCAGACAGGGGAAGUUCAAUGGAGACAGUCCAGUGACUUUGGAGCUAAUUAUACUGUGCUGACUCCCUUGUCAGUGAUUCCAGAUGUGGAUAGUGAUGGUGUUCAGGACCUGAUAAUCUUUAUUGCGACAGAAAAUAAGAUUAAGACAUUCAUCCAUUCAGGAAAAAAUGGUGAACAAAUAGGAUCUCCUGAAAGCCUGAAUGUGGAUGGGAACGCUCGUUACAUCAGAUUUGUUCCAAAGCCUGACUCCUACUACUUCCUUUUCUAUACAGCAAACUCUGUCUAUGGUUACUCCCUGAAAAAUCUCUACAGGGCAGCAACUGGGAUGGAAAUAAAGCUUCCCAAGCUUCAGCAAGAAGCUCAGUGGGAGAAGAGCAUCGACCACACAACACACCACUUACCCCUCCCCAGCUCUGGGGACAUUCGUUACCUGGUAAGAAUUCCUAGUGGGUCAGGAGAGAAUAUCUUGAUCGUACAGUCAGAGAUGACUAUGCUGGUCAAUGGAAAAAAUCUUCAGAACUUGUGGACCCUCAACACGUCUGGUGUUAUAAGUGAGCCGCUGCUCGGUUACUACAAACCUGAUGUUCUUGGUAUUGUCCUUGAGAGUGACAUYGGACCCAACAGGAAGAAGGUUAUGAUUGUUGAGGCUGGAUCUGGAGCAAUCCAAUGGGACCUGAAGCUGAACUCRAGAGCUCAUAGCCCAGAACCAGCCACACUUUCAACUGCUGAUCACCGGUCCACCUUCCUCUUCUGGGGGGAAUACCAGAUACCAGGAAAUGAAACGAGCUCCAAAGCUGCUCUCCAGAAGCUCUAUCUCUUCCAUCCUUCCUACACUAACGUGCUCCUGGAGCUCCGCAAUAGCACAGACCAAAUAAUUGCGUUUGACGCCGCGCUGUUCGAGCGGAGCCGUCACGCCUGCUACGUGCUCUUGAGGGGGCCUCAACCCGGCCAGGAGCCAGGCUUCGUGUCUCUCAUGAAGCGGAAGCUGAAGGAGGAUGUCUCCGAGAGCAGGGUGAUCUGGCUGAGCCAGGUGGCUGUGGACAGCGAGCAGUAUGUCCGGGAGCGCCUCUACAGGAUGCGAUUCCACAGCCGGGACUGAGCGUGACGGGGGAGCAGGAGAGGCUGCCCCGGCCCAGCAUCCUCCCAGUUGCCUCUCUCCUGCAGCAGCACAUUUACCAAACCCACAUCAUGGUUUCAGAUGAGAAGCUGCCUUUCUUGACCCACAAACCAAAGCGUGGCUGGUAGGAAAGCGCCCCUGGUGUCUGGGCACACCCAGGCUGGGGGAGCUGCUGCCAGAGCACCUGUCCUCGGAGCUGAUGGGACUCCAUCAGUGUUUGGCCACCACUGAAGUGUUGUCAGUUCAGGGAGGAAGACUUUCCUCUCAGUCUUCCCUGCCCACAGAGCCAGGCUGACCCAGCCUGGAUCUGGAGGGAAACACUUGCUGGGGAGGCCUGAACUGCUCUUCUUGGGUGCUUGUGUGAGGAGAAGUGGGGCUCUGAUGCCUGCUGUUAGGUUACCUUCCUAGUCAGCUUUMCUGACUGCUGGAUGGGUGCCUGGCCGCAGGUUGAUUUGCAGUUGCCCUUUGCGGGGUUUGGUAGCAGUGGAGUGUAUGUUGUGAAAGACCCCAGCCAUGAUUGACAAUUCAGCUCGGUGUUACCUGAGCCAGCAGGGCAUUAAAGUGUCAUUCUACUUAGAAAAUGACCUUUUUUUCCUCAAGAACAGCCCCACGUUCCUCACUCUGCUGUCACGCAAGCUUACCUGUGCCUGACUUCAGUGCUGCUGACUUCAUGGUCAAAUUUUGCAGCUUUGGCAACUYGGAGGGAGCUGGAAUCCCACCUAGUUAAUGCAUCAGCACCUACCCCUGCCCCGGGUGGUUCUAGGUGAUGUAAAGCCGUCAUGAGCUUACUCUGCCUUGAUCCCAUUGGUAUAGACACUUUCCUGCUGGUUUCAAGGUGUGGGGGCUCUAGGAUGCUUUUUUUUUUCUUUUUAUGCAAAGUCCAAAUGCACUUCAGCUUCACAAACAGCAUGAAGAACCUGGCAAACAGCUUCAAUAGGCUGUUUGGUCCUGGAAGCUGCUGUCCACACACCAGCUGUCCUGAUCCCAGCCCCUGUGAUCCCAGCCCCUGUGAUCCCAACCCCUGUGAUCUCAGCCCCUCUGAUCCCAGUUCCUGCUCAUUCACUCUUGGAGUGUCAUGUUGGCUGGCGAGCAGAAAGCAGAUGGGAAACAGUUGGCUUAACCUGAUGGAGUCUGCACCCUAAAAAAAAUCCUCUCAGGUUUUGCUGCUGCUGCUGGAGAGGAUUUAGGCAGUGCCUUUCUCCCUUGUGGUAUCUGAAAUCAGGGCAUGUGUAAAAAUACUGUAAGAUAAGAACCUUGUGUAGGGCUCUGCACGUCCAGACCCUGGUUCCUCUGCUGUGGCGUCUACUGAGUUUUGCCCUGCUGCUGGGCAGCCCCUGGCYCGGGGGCGGUUGUAGCCUCGGUCUGUGCUCAAAAUCCGGUGGCAAACUGGGCUGCAGCAUCAGCCGCCGGCCCCUGGCUGCAGUCUCGGGUCUUUCUAGACCCCCUCCUGCUUCCAGGUGCUUGGGUAGUUGCCUGAAUAAUGCGCUUGCAGCCGCGGCCUCCUCUAGCCUGUAGCUCUCCAUUGAGGCAGAGCCGUGUCCCCAUUCCCAUCGCCUCCACGGAGCUGUGUGGAGCGGUGGUGUGGGGUGUCCAGGCUGUGCCAGGAAGCUGGGAAAGGCUCCCUGGAGAGCCCUGUAUGAACACUCUGUGUUUAAAACAAAGGUUUCCCCGCUGCUSCUCUUCGCAGAUUCUCCUUGCAGCGCGUUUCGGGAUGGGGCCGGCAGCCCUGCUGCAUCCCCAGUGGCCUGUUUGCUCAGCAUGAUAAGGGGCUGAAUCCAGGUGGCCCCGCAAGUCCCCGGCGGGACGAGCGGCACAGCCAGGCRGCUGGAAACGCUCCCGGGGGGCAGCAGGGGGGAUGCUCUGGCCUUGCACGUUAACCUGAGCUGCUGUUGGUGCAGGUUACAUCCCUCCACAAUUCCCAUCGCAGGGCACAGCUUGCCUGGCCUGUACCCAUACCAUAACUACACUGUCCCAGCUUCUCCUCCUCAGGUUGCGCCCAGGACCUGACCCUUUCUGCUGGGUACCUUGACUGUCCCUUCAGGAGAGCUGGAUUCAUUGCUUUGCUUUGUGGGGGGGCUUUUCUGGCUUUAAAUUGUUCCUUAAUGUUUCUACAUAGUUGGGAUACCCAAAUCUCCCUGCGGCAGCUCAAUUACAAACGUCAGUGCCAAAUCAGCGCCCUCUUUUUAACAGAGCAAGUCCUUUUUCCUUCCUAAUUCCCUGUGUAAUUUUUUUUUUGCAGUAUUUAAUGAAUGACAGUGCCUUGAUUCAGUAACUCAGCUGGGUGAUGAUGGCAUAUAUCACUGUGGUAUGUACUGGUGUGUUUUUUUUAACACUAAGACUGUUUGGUUUGGUUCUUUAACUUAUUGCAAAUUGUGCUAUAYAGGACUUGG